ACGUUGAAUUGUUGUGCAUUCGUCAGUGAGGAUCCACAGGUUUCAAUAUGGUUGUAAAAUUCGACGCCUUCACCGGUCAACUCCACAAGAAGAAGCUCGAUACUUCCGCUGAUUCCCGAGACGAAGAAGUCAAGUCGAAAAAGUUCUCCCAAACCGAGCAGCCGUCGGAGAACUUCGAGACCUGGAGCUGGAACAAUGUUGUCUGGGCCAACGUUUGGAAGCUUGGCUUGCUACACAUUUUCGCCCUCUGGGGGAUCACUGUAUGGGGUGAACUCAAAUGGCAAACCCACAUUUUCGGAUUGAUCUGGCUUCAACUGUCUGGUCUGUCGGUCACAAUGGGCGCCCACAGACUCUGGUGUCAUCGCUCAUACAAGGCCAAGCUACCGCUCCGAGCUGCUCUCAUGUUGACGAACUGCAUCGCCGCCCAAAACGACCUCUACGAGUGGGUCAGGGACCACCGGGUGCAUCACAAGUACUCAGACACCAAUGCCGACCCACACAACAUCAACAGGGGUCUCUUCUUCUCGCACAUGGGCUGGCUCCUGGUGAAGAAGCACCCAGAUGUCAUCAAAUUCGGGAACCGUCUCGAUUGCUCCGACGUCAUCGCUGAUCCCGUUGUGCGCUUCCAACGGAAAUAUUACGGCUGGUUGGUGAUGUUCUUCGCCUUCCUGAUUCCCACCUACGUGCCACACUUGCUGUGGGGUGAGUCCUUGAAAGUUGCUUUCCUGGUCCCGACGUGCCUUCGUCUGAUAGCGUCUCUUCACUUCACGUGGUCCGUCAACUCAUGGGCGCACUACUUCGGAGACAAGCCCUUCGACAGCGAGAUGAAACCCACGGAGACCACUCUCGUUUCCUUCUGGGCUGUCGGAGAAGGAUUCCACAACUUCCACCACGUUUUUCCUUUCGAUUACUCUUGCUCCGAACUGGGAUGGUUUAUGAAUACAUCUACUAUGUUGAUCGACUUCAUGGCUUUGAUCGGACAAGCCUACGACAGAAAAUCAGUCUCGAAAGAGACGAUCUUGAAGAAAAAACUGGCUACCGGUGACGGAACUAGGCUGCCCGCUUCAAUAAAGGAAAUCAGGACACUCGCCCGGGAGCCCAUCGAGCCAAUCAGGGGCUAGGCAAAGAACUUACUUAGGGAACAGCCUUAUGCUCAAGAUCCUCGUCCGAGAUCUUGUGAAGCAUUGAGGAGAACGUAUGCAAGAUGUUUGAAUGUGUAGAUGCAUGUGAAAGAGUCCUACUUUAUGUUUUAUUCGUUAAGUCAAUCAAUAAAGCGAGAGAACC